CUUUCCUUCACUUUCAGUGCAUCUCUACACAUAAGCUUUCCACACCAGAUAUGGACAACUUCGAUCCAAACAAUACCUUUCUCGAAGGAAAUACGCAUUAUUGAAGGUCGCAGCGAGAUGAUAACCCCCAUGGCGAGAGAGACUUCUGCGAACUGGUAUACUAUACAUCUAAGCGCGCACCAAUAGGUCACACCUUCUCAUACAGAAGACGGCGCGUACUCUUUGGCCUCUCUCUACAUAAAAAUGCCUACCUCUUCUUUCAUUUGGUCUCACUUUCAACUCCAAUAUCUUGCUCACACUUUCGUAUCUGCUUCUUAUCUUGCUUGUCCGUUCUUCUGUUUGAUUUUUUUAGUCUCGAGAUGGACAAAGUGUGGUUCACCCUCCGUCAAACCGACUACCCGGCUCCCCCGGAGGAAGCCCUACUCUCCGGCCACCGCUUCCCGGGUAGCAUCACCACGUCCAACCCUGAAACUGCACCUGAAACUGCACCCUCGAUUACCCUAGGCCAUAUUAUCCCCUCCCUCGACCACCUCGCUAACCCUUUAAACGGCCACAGCCUACUUCUCUUCCUAAUCCGUAUGUCAGUCUACUAUACUAUUGCCGCCAACUUCGUCUGGCAGACCGCCGCCCACGCCGACAGAUCUACUUUACUCAAGCUGGGGGCGCCCAUCGCCAGCGUUGUAACUGGGGGCGCUACUCCGGGGCUGAAACUCAAUCUCGCAUUUAAGCAAACCGUGAACAGGCAUGAAGAGUACCAGUGCCUCGAUACGUAUAUCGUAACUCCAACGAGAGGGCGGUACCUCUGUUGCCAAAAGGCUAGAGCUCCCUCAGGUGGGACCUCCUGCAUCGGGGGCGAAGCUGCAUAGUCCAGUUGCACCAGGGAUUGGAAGGCCUGCAUACACAGCUAUCCGCUGUUCUUGCGUACUUAGUUUUCUUUGUGUUUUUUCUUAUUAUGAUUGUGUGUUCUGAGAAUAUACCAAUCUGGGUUUGAUUCUUGG